CACCCACACACAACACAAAAUAUACUAUACUUGACAGCUUAACACCUGUUUCGAGUCGUAUAUCCUUCUAAUUUCUACUUCCUCCCCAACCCUUCUUUUCUCUAACAGCGCGUUCUUUGGCGAUUAAGUCGUCAAAUGAACCUGCAUAGUCGCGCUUUGAGAAUCCCAAUCUCACCCUUCUUUCUUCUGAAGGGCUCUUCCAUUUCCUAAAUGGUCUUCAAGAGCUUCCAUCUCGCCCGUCAGAGUCUAGCCAAAGGCUUCACCCACGGAUACGCACAAUCAGUCGUUGCUGGUGUCUCGCAAAACAACCCCCUUGCCACAUUCCAGCAAGAGCGACUCCGAAAGGUCGGCGCAAAGAACCAACAUGCUUAUGCUUCGACUUCAAACUCGACGACCAGUGCUGUCAAGCACGCCUUAAGUCAUCAUGAACACCAGGAUUCCGGUCUAGCUGCAUACUAUGCGGCAUGGCAGAAGCACCGCGUCGACGACAAGGACUGGUCGCAGUUCCAGUUCCGAAAGUUGAUCGAGUGGCAACCCCAAGCCUCGACACCGAAGGCGAUCGCGGAGACAAAGGAUACCAGCGCCGUACUCGAAGAGACAUCCGAUCCCCUCCCCACACGAACUGGUUUCAGCCGCGCAUACAGCACGAGCCAGGUGGAUGAUUUCAGAAAGGCAGUCAAUGCAGACGAGGACAUCGAAAGGAUCGCGCUUGCCCAGGUCGAUGAGGCAAUUGCACUAGAGGCGGCGAAGUUCAAGGCAGAAAUCGAGGCAGCACAACCACAGGUUGAGGAGUUGUCGCCUGUCGAGGAGGCAAGAUCCGAAACCCCAGCACUUUCCGAAACUAUCAGCAGUGCUGCUAGCAUCAGCAUAGCAUCAGAGAUCAGCGAUGGAUAUACUGCCCAGCUACAGAACCUCGUCGACAAGCGCACUUAUGGCGAGGUCCCGACUGUGUUUGAGUCCAUGCUUCGAACUGGUAUCAAGCCCUCUGCUGCAUCUUACAAUGCUCUCCUCUCAGCAGCCAUCAACCUCCCCCGAGCGAAGCACCAGGUAGUUCCCAAGGCUCUCGAUGUUUACUCUGAUAUGCUCCGCCGACGCGUUUUGCCCGACACAGAGACGUACACAACCCUUAUCGAGCUCCUCUCUGUUCGGUCGUUGGAGGUCGUCUCGAUGACUCAAGCUUUGGAAGAGAGGCGAGUUCGAUUUGGCGGUAUGGAAGAGGAGGGCAAGUUUAUGCUCAGCUCAAACGAAACUGAUUACGACAUUCUCUCGGAAGACGUUUCCUUAGGUAUCGCCGUUAAGCUCUUCGACUCUGCCGUUGCCGCUGAACCUAACCGCAAGUUCUCCGAAAAGACCUACCGUCUUCUGGUCACUGCCUGUGCGGAAGCACAGCGUGUCGAGGACAUGGUUCGCAUUUACACCCACAUGGAGUCCAAGAAUGUUACCCCGGCCGCCGAUAUGUUCGUUCCCAUGAUCCAAGCUUUCGGCAAGUCUGGCGAUCUACGAAGCGCAGUCGAAUGCUAUGACGAAUAUAAGGCCUUGGCAAUCUCCAACAACAGCGGAGACGUCGAAAUUUCCAGGAAAGACAACGACGUCUACGCAGCCCUAAUCAAGGCCUAUGCCGUUUGCGAUCGUUUCGAGGGUGGGCGAAAGUUCCUCUCGAAGAUUGAGGCUGAUUUGGCCACCUCGCAAGAGGUGAUUGCUGUUCAUGACGUUGUCACACUCAAGGCCCUCAUUCCAGAAAUGCUCAGAAAUGGCGCUUUCUCUCAGGCAUUCGCCUGUGCAAUCGAGGAACUCAGCCCGCAAGCUCUCACUAUCGCCAUGACUGCCAUCUGCAUCAAGGCUGCCGACAACAACGCAAUGGACAUCGCCACACAAGCUUUUGACGCCAUCCCAGCAGAAGUCGACCUUGCUCGACCUGCCAUGGCUAUGGGUGCGAUGCACAUCCGCAAUGGAAACAUUGAGGCUGCUGAGGUCUUCUGGAGGAUGUUGGAGUUGUCUCCUACCAAGCCCGAUUUCAUCGAGCCCACUGCCAUGCACAGCAUUGCGCUCAUCGGAAGUGGCCACGCUGAACGAGGUCUUCGCCAGACCCGAAAAAUGUUCGCUCGCAUUCGCGAUUCGCAGGCUGCCUCAAACCAGGCCAAGAUGGAGGUCAUCGAGCAUAUCGAUGAGGCCGUCGAGGUCAUUGGGACCUUUAUGAUGAGGCGCGGAAUCAUGAUUCCUGCUCGUGCGAGCAUGGAACUGAUGUGGUCCAUGAUUGAGAACGGCGGCCUCGUUACACCAGUGGCACACCAUUUGCUCGCUGGAUUGGGCCCCGAGGGUAUUGCCGAGCUUGGUUUCCAGGACAUUACCCUGCUCAUGCAAGUUCAGUCUGGCAUCCUCCUCAACUCCAUGGAUCUCGACCCUUCACAUGCUGCUCGUUUCGCCCAUCUACUUGAAGUCAUCACCGCGACUGGAACCCCAGUUUCGAAGACGGCUUCCGGUCUCGUAGAGAAGGUUCUCGUUAAGCUCGACCGUGGCGAUCUUCAGCACCGUUGGUACAACUACAAGCACCCCUCUCCUGAACAGAUCUACUCGCCCGCUACUCCCUUUGUGCCGUUUGCUCCUCAGCCCGCACCAGCAGUGGCAGCCCCGACAUUCGAAGACUCGUACGAUCCCUACGCUGCUACCACCGACAUGAAGGGCUCCAAUGCCAUCACUGAGCUUCUCGAGAAGACCCACGGACGCUCUGCUUCUCACCUCAACGAGGCUUUGAUGAAGUUCAAGAACAUGCGCCGUGCUGGACGACACCCUCGCUUCUUCACCUACGCUAAGCUUAUCACUGCUGCCGCCAAGGAGGACCGCCUCACCCUUGCCCAUGACAUUCUCAAUCUUGCCAGGCAGGACGUUCCUCUGUUGCCUCAGUACCGUGUUGUUCGCUAUGGAUGGGUGACUAUCUUGGAUUCCAUGGUCGCUGCCUGUCUCACUGCUGGUCAACGUGGUCUCGCUGCUCAAUACCAUCAGGAUUUGCUUGACAUGGGAGCUGCACCGACCGCAAACACUUUCGGACUCUACAUCACCACUCUUAAGGAAUCGACCAAGACUUUCGAUGAAGCCACCGAGGCUGUCAAGAUCUUCCUGCGAGCCAAGUCUGAGGGUGUCGAACCGUCAUCGUUCCUCUACAAUGCUCUCAUUGGCAAGCUUGGAAAGGCUCGUCGUAUCGACGAUUGUCUGUUCUACUUCUCCGAAAUGCGCAACCUUGGAAUCCGUCCCACUAGCGUCACCUAUGGUACUAUCGUCAAUGCUCUCUGCCGUGUCAGCGACGAGAAGUUUGCCGAGGAGCUUUUCGAGGAAAUGGAGAGCAUGCCCAACUACAAGCCCCGACCUGCCCCCUACCACAGCAUGAUGCAGUUCUUCCUGACCACAAAGCGCGACCGCAGCAAGGUCCUCGCCUACUAUGAGCGCAUGAGGUCAAAGCACAUCGAGCCGACUACCCACACCUACAAGCUCUUGAUCGAUACUUACGCUACUCUUGAGCCUGUCGACAUGGAGGCAGCUGAAUCUGUCCUUGAGCAGAUCCGUACCUCCGGUGCCGUCCCCGAAGCUGUCCACUACUCAUCUCUCAUCCACGCUAAAGGUUGCGUUCUCCAUGACAUGGAAGGCGCUCGUAAGCUCUUCGAUUCUGUAUUGGCCGACAGCCGUAUUCGACCACAGGCUUGCCUUUACCAGGCUCUGUUCGAGGCUAUGGUAGCCAACCACCAGAUCGCCGACACCCAGGACAUCUUGAAGGAUAUGAGGCUCCGCGGAGUAGAGAUGACACCCUACAUUGCGAACUCUCUUAUUCACGGAUGGGCCCUCACCCACAACAUCGAGAAGGCCAAGGCUAUUUACGACUCUGUCUCGGAAGCAAAGCGUGAGCCCUCGACCUACGAGGCUAUGACUCGUGCCUUCAUGGCCGUUGACGACCGAGCCAGCGCCAUGGCUGUUGUCAAUGAAGGCCUUUCUCGCGGAUACCCCGCAGCCGUCGCCGGCAAAAUCCUUGAAUUGGUUGGCGGCGGUCGUCCCAUUACCACUGAAGCAACCGCUUAAACGCCUUUGCCUCAAUUUCCAUUGGGUUUAGAACGGAUUUUUCUUCACCACUUUUCCAUUUGUCAACGUGUUUUCUGCAUUUGUUACGGCCGAUAAUCCAAACUACUUAUAUGCCCCUGCACAUUCAGAUGUGCGGCUGGGCCUGCCUUUUCACCUUGUUUUCGAAGUCGCUUUUGCAUGCGAGGGUUUUUCAUUGCAAGGAAGCGACUUGGCGUUUUUCGCGGAGCAAUACACACUGGGAACCUACGG